GGCCAGGCACUUUGAAGACGAGCGUGGCGGGAACUGGUCAGCUUGGGAGUGACUGCAGAUAUGGUGUCACAGUCAUGGUGUGUCAAGGGCCGUUAGGGUGAGUCAGGAUGCGUCAAGGCUGUCUGGGUGUGUCAGGGGCUGUCAGGAUGUGUCAGGGACUUACAGAGGUGGAUGAUGGAGGGCAGGCCACCACAGAGGCAGCCAAGGGGAUCAAGGCAAUUGACAAGACCACAGUCCAUCGCAUCUGCUCAGGACAGGUGGUGCUGACGCUGGCCAUCGGAGUGAAGGAGCUGGUGGAGAACAGUCUGGAUGCUGGGGCCACUAGUGUUGAGGUGCGGCUGAAGGACCACGGGGCCACGCUUCUGGAGGUGUCCGACAAUGGCAGGGGUGUGGAGGAGCAUGACUUCGAGGGCCUCACACUGAAGCACCACACCUCCAAGAUUCAAGACUUUGGUGAUGUGGUGGGUGUGAAGACCUUUGGUUUCCGAGGCGAGGCGCUGAGCUCCUUGUGUGCCCUCAGCGACCUCACCAUCACCACACGACACGGCAGCAGUGACGUCGCCACCAAGCUGACCUAUGACCACAAUGGCAAGCUGAUAUCCAGAGCUGCGACGUCAAGACAGGUGGGCACAACAGUCUCGCUGCAGGGGCUGUUCUCCACACUGCCAGUGAGACACAAGGAAUUCCUGCGCAAUGUCAAAAAGGAGUUCAACAAGAUGGUGCAGGUGCUGUAUGGCUACUGCCUCAUAUCCACUGGCGUCAGGAUAACAUGCACCAACCAAAAUGAGAAAGGAAAGAAGACUGUUGUUGUCUCCACCAGUGGCCAUCCCACUAUUAGAGAAAACCUUUCCUCCAUAUUUGGGGCUAAGCAGGCUGCAAGUCUGCUGGAAUUCAAGCAAGAGUCAGCCUCCCAAGAUGUGCUGGAAGAGUUUGGCAUACCUGAAGUGGCUGCAGCAGGGAAAUCCAGGUUUGCUCUGGAGGGCUUGGUGUCAACUUGUGCUCACGGUCAGGGCCGCUCCUCCACUGACAGGCAGUACUACUUCAUCAACUCUCGGCCGUGUGACCCACCCAAGGUGAUGAAGCUGGUGAACGAGAUCUACCACCAGUACAACCGCCACCAGUUCCCGUGUGUGGUGCUCAACAUCCAGCUGCAGGACGACAACGUGGACAUCAAUGUGACGCCAGACAAACGGCAGAUCCUGGUGUGUCAUGAGAAACUGCUCUUGGCUACCAUCAAGACUUCCUUGUUGCAGCUGUAUGAACACAUUCCCAGCACAUACUCCAUGCACAACACCUCACUCACCCCAACACACAUCACAAGCCCUGCCCAGAGUCCCUCCACCCCCACCACCUCAGCCAGUGCCAAGAAGAUCUCAGCCCUAGCUCAGAGGUUCGGCCGCUCCUCCUCUGGGUCCCCUCAACCCACCACUCCUCCGGGUGGCCUAUCUGGGCUGAAACGUUCCUUCUCCCUCAGCAGCCCAUCCAUCCAGAGUCCAGAGAAUAAACAGCCAAAAUUGAUGAGUUUCCUGAAGAAAACAUCGGAGGGAAACACCAGUAACGGGGACACUAUACCGGCCCUGGAGUUGUGUGUUGAGGGUGUGUAUCCCUUGGCCUCCCCAGCAGCAGGAGGGAGCCCACACAGGGACACAGAAGAAGAGUGUGUACAGGAAGGGGAAAGCUUUGACAUGGAGGGUGUGGUGAGCAGUGUGAAGGAUGGUGAUGCUUUGAGUACUGCCUGUGAUGUACAACCCAGUAACAGGAACAGUGACCCUGACCCUGAGUGUGACAUGCGUGACAUUUCAAACAGUGACCCAAACUCCAGUGAUGUGAAUACAAGUAAAUCUUCUUUGUCCUGUAGAGAUGUGCCUGAUAAGCCCCUGAGUCAUUUAAAUAGGAGCCACUCAUCACCGUCCCCUGGUGUGGGUGUGAAGAGCAGGUCUGGUGUCAAGGCCAGCCCCCACACACCUGUCCUGCCGGCCUCCUCAAGCUGCAGGAAGAUUCACAGUGCAACGAGUGAUUUCCUGAAUAACCUAAUGGCUCGGAAGUCUCUGCUCAGUAACAAGAAUGAGGAACAGAAAAACUUAAGUGUUAAUGAGAAGGCUUCGUCACAAAUGGAAUGCAAUAAGCUGGAAGUGAUAUUUGAGGGAGUAACAAAUGGGGACCAGAGUGUUGCAAAUGGUGAGGGAGGAGUGAGUAAUGGUGAUGUUCAGGUGCAGGAGAAAGUGGUGGUUUGUGAUGACUUGGGCACAGUUGGAUCAGUACAAAACAGGAAAUGUAAAUUGGUUCAGUUUGACAUAAAGUCGCUGAGGAGAAAACUGAGAAUGUCAAGCAAGAAGGACAAAUGUGAAGUUGUGAGGCGAUUCAAGGCAAAGAUCUCUCCAACGGACAACACAGUGGCAGAAGAGGAGCUCAGGAAAGAAAUCUCAAAGGACAUGUUUGCUGAGAUGGAGAUCCUGGGGCAGUUCAACCUUGGCUUCAUCAUCACACGGCUGGGGCAGGACCUCUUCAUUGUGGACCAGCACGCCACGGAUGAGAAGUACAACUUUGAGACCCUCCAGCAGACCUGUGUCCUGCAGAACCAGCGCCUCAUUGCCCCACAGACCCUGGAGCUCACUGCCAUCGGGGAGGCCACGCUGCUCGACAACCUGGAGAUAUUCCGUAAGAACGGCUACGAGUUUCUGGUGCGGGAGGAGCAGCCGGUGGGGCGCCGGGUGAGUCUGGUGACCAUGCCAGUGAGCCGCGGGUGGGAGUUUGGCCGGGGCGACGUGGAGGAGUUGAUCUUCAUGCUCUCUGACGCUCCAGGGACAAUGUGCCGGCCGUCACGCGUCAGGGCCAUGUUUGCAUCCCGGGCCUGCAGGAAGUCUGUUAUGAUCGGCACGGCUCUCACUCACCGGCAGAUGAAGCAGCUGGUGACACACAUGGGGGAGAUAGAGCAACCCUGGAACUGCCCCCAUGGACGCCCCACCAUGAGGCACCUGGUGAACCUUGACAUGCUGGUGCCCCUGCAGAGCCAAGAGUAACCACCGCCACCUUUCAGAAUGAGGCCUUUUUUACUCUUCCACAUUCCUGAGACGACGCAGUCUUUAUCCUCGUAUUAGGUUAGUGUACGAUGGGAUGUGUGUGAUAAUUGGAGAUGAAUCAUGACUCUCCUCUUCUCUUUGUUCUCAUUUCUCUCAUUGGAUUAACAUUUCAGUUUUGCCACUUUCUUCAGUGUUAUACAGUCUUCUCUCUUUUCACUUCUCUCAUCUAAUUAACACUUUAAUUUGCCCCUCUCUUAUAUGUUAUUUAGACUUAUUCUAUUGCAAGGGGACAGGUGGGUGUUUUGGACAGUGGUCAUUUCACAGCUUAAAAGAUUUGAGUUUGAUUGUGGCCCUCAGGACUUAGUGGGAUGGCAGCGUUCUUGCUCAACUUGUCAGCACCAUUCUUAAGUGAGUCUCCCGUCACCUAUCAUGACAUUUAAUUUUGUGGAAGUGUCACUAUUUUCAGCAUUGCAUUAGUCCACUCUGUGAUAGCGUUUCUUUUUGGGCUUCAGUUGGUAGACGACAAAGACAAGAGGCAUAAAGUUAAAGACAGCAAUGCAUAUUGAGACUUUAAUGUUUAAUGAAUUUACUACAUAAAUACAAUAUGAGUGAAACUAAAGGAAUCUGUACACUUUUGCAUAUUCCUAACUUUUGACUCUAUCCUAAAUUCAAUAAGAAGAGAUUUUUAUCAUUAAAAUAAAUACAAAAGGUGUCAGUCACAAGUAUGAACACAGUUUGCUGAUAGAAAGUUAAGAGAGAUUUUCAUGAACCACAGUCUUUCCUAAAUAUUUGCAAUAAUGCCAGACAUUUUUGCUAUGAUGAACUGUGAUGCAUUGUUCCUACAGCUCAGAGAGGAGUCACAGAUAAGUUACAAUGGGUAGCACAACAGCCAGCAUUUCCUACAGUAAGAAUCCAACGUGUGGCUCAAGAGGGUUUUUGUGUAAGUUGAUGUGUGUAGUGUUCUUCCAGCCUGAGCUAACCACUAGCUAGUGAAGCAAAGUUAUCACAACAGUUCUAAUUAAUAUGUACACCCAAGGCCAUCACUCAAUAUCACCUACACUUGGAAAAUAAGUCCUUAAAAAAUCACAAAACCAUAGUUAUUGCAAAAAAAGAGAGCAAGACUCAAUCCACUUCUAGCAUCUACAGGUUGAGGAUUAAGAUGCAGAUACAAAUUUGCUUGGGUUUUAGGAAAGGAGGAGGCUUUUAAAAGGUAUACACAAUUGAUGACUGUAUUCCAGAAGCAGGUCAGUUUGGUGUGCUGACCUUGGAAGCACUACUGUGGUGUAACGAGUCAUUUCCUCAACAUAGCACCAUUUGAUGAACCAACCCCCUUACUCUACAAUGCCUCACGCUUGCCUGUCCCUUAGAUUUAGUACUACACAUCUAGCUAAUUCCCUUGUCUUUCUUUGUUCCUGAUCACCUUGAUAGUUCUUUUAAACCUUUGCAUCAGAGAGAGAGAGAGAGAGAGAGAGAGAGAGAGAGAGAGAGAGAGAGAGAGAGAGAGAGAGAGAAUGGGGGGCGGAGCUCUACCUUUACAUUGUCACUGGGGAUAAAGUGAUUUUAGAGCCACUAUUGGCAUCAUGACCCUGGCACAGUGAUCUUGCCAUCCAAAGACACAUGAACAAUUGUUACCUGCAAAUGGGCCCAUGUAUUCUCUCUUGUUUCAAAAUGUGAUUAUGUUAAAUUGAUUUAAAGAAUUUUAUCUGGAUAAUCUGGUUUCAAAACAAGAUGGGAGUAUUAUGAUCAAUAAGCUGUCUGGUGACAAUGUCCAUGCAUCCAUUGGAGUUUAAAUUACUGUAGCAGAGUGAAUGACACUGCAUACAGCUUUCAAAUCUUUGGGAAUCCAGAGUACAGCCACCCAGUGGCUGGCAGGGAGAGGCAGACUGCCUUACUCUGUGCCUCUUAUCUGACAUGAUUCACUUCCUUAGUUACAUAUAAUUCUUGUUAAUAUUUCACAUUUAUGAUGGUUCAGAUCCUUCACCUCUUGUAAGGUUCUUUAAUCCAUGUCAUCAGCUGCUUACCACACUUGCCUACUGAAGGGUGCUAAAUGCACAAGUUUCAGUGGACAAAGUUUGUACAUGCCUUGCAAGAAAUGGAUAAAAAAGAACCUUGCAAAUAAGAAACCAUCUGUCUUGCAAUACUUGUGUAAUAUGAUGGAAUUGAAUAAUUUUGGGUUUUAACACAAUAAAUCUGAUUGCUAGAAUUAAUUUGUGGUCCAUGGACAUUCAGGUUCCAAUUAGAGAAUUCCACUGAAUAUGCACUUUUCCUCUCUUAUUAGACUUUCAUUUUUCUUCCUUGUUGCUUCAUCUGGAAUCUGAUAAUGACACCUUUACAGAACUCUUGAGGUUUUGAUCAAUGAGGAAGUGAAAGUAGAGGCCAUCACAGAAGUUCAGUCUGCCUCACACUGUUGUCCAACAAAUAGCUUCACUAUCUCUCAAUCUCCAUGUCUGUACUUGCACUCCAUCAUUCCAAGUCUGACUAUAGAAUUUUGUCCCCCUGAGAACACAGAUGGUGUCACCAUGGCUAAACCAGCUUACUCUGCACAAGAAGCCCUGCUGUGCAGCAAGAAGGCUGCCCCACCCACUUGGUUGAGUUUGACAUUUGGGAUAUAUGAAUAAGCUAUUACUAUAUGCAAUUAUGAUUACUUAAAAAUGCAUUUUAAAGUAUGACUAUAAAUGUCAGGUAUAUAAUGAAAGUAACUUGACAGUGCCAGGUCUACCAAUUAUUCAGAUAUAUAAAGAAAUUGUGAUAUUUGUAAAGCUGUUCCUAUGUGAAGACUAAUCAAGUAACUUUUUAAUCUUAAUUAUGGUAGAUGUAGUACUGUCAAUUACAUUCAUAAUAAAUGUAAAUGCUUGGUUUUUUCAGUAAUUCUUUUGCAUUAAAUAAUCAUGAUCACAUAUUAAACAUUCAUUAUAUUCCUAGUGGUAAAAAUUCAGAGUCAAGUGGAAGAAGGCAGAACAUCUUCACUGCAGAGGGCAGGACUUAUCACAGCAAAACAUGCAUAAAAAUAUUCAUAAUGGCAGUGCUCUCACUGAUUGUCUGGCAUGUUCUAGUCCACAGGAAAUUAACUUUGUUGUCUGUUUACUGCAACUGAGCCAAGCAGGGGAUGUGAACUUGGGUGAGAUUGAGAGCCAGGCACUGAUUGGCUGGUGCCACAGGCUGUCCUAGGAGGAAAGUCACAUACAGAAAUUAAAGAUAAAUUUCUUUUAAGUUGUAAAUAUUCUAUGGUCAAAUGCUUUUUAAUGUGACUCUCUUCACAGAACAUCCUGUACAUUAACAACUCAUUGAUUUUGUAUUUAUUGUUUUACAUGUCACAACUUGAGCACUUUAUAUUUCAUAAAUACCUAAAUGCAUUAGUAAUCACAAAAUUAUCCAAUCUCUAGAAAUAAGAAUUGAGAAGGAUGCACCACCACCAACAUCUCUGCACCUGUGCACAAUGGUUAUUAACUUUUAUUUAUAAAAUACACUGAAAUGCUCUAAUUGGGACAAAUGUUAAAAUAAAAAAAAAAAAUCACUAGGUUGUGAAUAUGUGGCUGCAGCAAUCAUUGCUCACAACUCACACCAGCUCCUGCAACUUGCUCAUUUCUGCUUCCACUGAACAGACCAUAAAGAUUUGCUUACAAGUAUCAGAUUAUUCUCACACAAAUUGUCUCUCACAAGUAUGUGAUAGUGGUGAAAGUACAAAUUAAUUUUGAAAAAAGAAUGUGAAUACUUCAGGCCCUCAGUGGGUGAGAACCAGUGAUACAUUCCCCAUAUUUGGGUGUCCUCAGGUGGGGAGAUUACAAAGCCAGACUUUGUGUGAUGAAUUACAGUCAAUUGCCACUCAUUCCCAUCCUAUUCUUGCCUCUCUUCCUAUUGACAUGUUAAAGAGAGCAAAAGCAGCAAUUAUACAAGAUGUUUCAGCUGGGUGACUGCACAGUUUAUCCCCAGCCUGUGUGUUGUAGCCAGUCAAGAAAAACCUCCUCACCCCUCUUGAUGUGUCUGAUUUGUUAGAAUUAGAUAAUGAAUUAUUGAUGUGCAGUGCAUAACCUUUCUUGAGGGUGAAGAGCAUUUUCAAGGCAUGUGUACGUGUGUAUAAAUGGAAUCAUAACAAAAUUGUUGUUCAUGUAACUUGUGUGUUUAGAAUUAUUUCUGCCAAUAUCUUCACAAAUAUUCAUCAUUGUCUACCAUUUUAUCAUCCCUGCAGUAAAACCAAAAUAAAUCAGACUGACAAGAUUUUGGUUUUCUUUCAAGACAACCUUGAAACCAAAAUAUAUUGCUUAAUGAAUAUUAGACAAAAAACAAAUUUAUGUUAUUGCCAAAAACUUAAUCCUUUUAUCACUUUGUUGCAUUUCUUAUAACCUAAUGCAGCAGGCCUAAAGUUACAUUAAUAUCCCACCUCAGGCUAUUAUAAACUAUGUAAUUUUGAAUGAAUCCAUAGUAAUGGCACACACUAUCAAGUAUUUGGAAAGUAACUUUUCACCAAACUUUGGAGUCAAAACACAGCAACACUAUUACACGUGAAACUGUUGCCCACAACCCAGUUGGUGUGAUGGUGGCAGCGUCCGGCAGCCAGACGGGCCCAGGCACCACUCACAGCCAACUAUGGACUCUGUAACUGACAGACCAUUAUUCCAAUAGAUGGAACAGGGAAUACUGUUAACAUUUAAGAUCUUGAUGACUUUCUAUGCUGGAGGCUUUGGCUUUAGUGGUGUGGAUUAACUUGCCAAAUUACUGUAGAAUUCUUGAUAUGAUGCUUGUACAUGAACUAUGAUGGAUAUAUACCCAUGACUUCUCCACAAUUACAAGAUAUUGUGCAAAACAUUGGCUUUACAAACACCUUGCAAUGUAGUGUUAAGGCAGGAAAGCCCUCCACACUGUGUCAGAAGGAAUGAUGGCACUCACAAACCUGGCAAUGGUUCUGCUUAGCUCAAUGGAGGUGGCACUGCUGCCGUCCAACUGGUUUUACUUUCAUCUCCAAUAUUGUUGAAUUUUAAGAGCUGGACAAAGUCCUGGUAUAUACAAAGUUGAGCUAAACAAGAUAAAUCAUGCACAAAUUUGUCAGUAUGGCCAAAAAUGACGUGCCUGGCAAAUUAUUUUUUUACAUUUUAUGAGGCCAGUAGCUUUCAAGAGGUAGAGUGUUCUUGUAGGCAACAAGUGCUGCACUGACAGGGAUGUGCCUGGCAGGUUUAGAACAGGUGGUGGAAGUCUGUCCUGAUGAUUUUUAGACUUGGGUAAAUAUUUCAUAAAUACUGAACACAGUGCACAUCUUCCAGCUCUUCUGGUUUACAACACCAUGGGAAAACCCUUGAAGAGAAAAAGCUUCUAAUUCAGCAAAUGAUGAUUAGCUUGCUGAAUCCUUCCAUGCUUAGUAAUGUUUUCUACAAAUGGAUCUUUAGUCUCAGUUUACUUUCUAGCAGCACCAGUUUUAACAAUCACAAAGUUUCCAUGUGCAUUUUUUAAAAUGUUGCCAAUGAGUUAGCACGUCAUUUUUGUAAUUUGGGCACUGGCCAGGCCUGCCGAACUAUCACAGGUUCAGUGUCACUAAAAUAAUUAUUUAUGCAAGCAGUCUUCUGAUUGGUUAAGACCAAAGGGCCUGCCUGAGCUUAUGAUGAUGAGCAGCUUGGUGAUGAUCAUGAGGGUGACGGUGCGAAGAUUAUUGGAACGUGUUCACACAAACUAAAGUGAAGCCGACUACUCGGAAGCAAAACAAACGGUUCAUCGAGCAACUUGUGCACGGGAACCUGCAAAAUAACAACAUAGCAAUAAAAGUGAUGUAAAUGCCUAGUCAAAAUGUGCAUAUUUAUGCAUAAUACAAAGUUGCACUUCAUUGGAAUAACUGCUGAAGGAAAAUAUUGUCAAACAUAUGUUAGAAAUGCAAUGUAUGGCUACACUUUGUUAUUUCUAAAAUUUCUGAAUAUUCAAACCACAUCUAUUUCUGCAAGUGUCAAGCUCAUCGCAUCCUUUGGCACCGCCUCUGUGCGGCCGUGAGCAUCCCUCAGCUAACUAAUGUCUCUGUGACGCCUCACUCCCUACACUAACUCCCCCAAGGGAUUGGCAACAUGAGAGGCCCCUCCAGCCAUACAGCUGUGAGUAUUGUCAAUUUUAAAUGCAAGUAACUCCUACAUUGGCACAACCCCAAGUUCUGUGUGUGCUGCCAGCUCCUGCUCCUCUCCCCCCGUCCUGUAAGUAACACCAGACUGGAAUCCUAUUAAACUGAACUUGAGAGAGAAAAGUCAAACAAUCACAAGCACAAAUGUGGUUUGAAUAACUCUGCAGGGAAGGGUAGAAGUACAUUUUGAUUUUGCAUAACAUUGCAGAGGAACAUUUCUAUCCUGAGAUGCAAUGAAAGAAAAAAAUACAUGUAACAUUCAGCAACUAUCCCCAUGAAGUACACACACACACGCACAUAUAUGCACACACACACACACACACACACACACACACACACACACACACACACACACACACACACACACACACACACAGACACACACACACACACACACACAGACACACACAUAAAA